AUGUCCCGGCCUCAUUCCGACGGACCGCUCGCACGGACCGUGGACGACGACGACCUCGACGCCUCGAUCGUCGCUCGAAGUCGAAAAGUUCAGAAGGGCGAGGACUUCGACCUCUCCGUCCCAGCGCUCACGUGGACGCCGCGACGGGCGACGGGUGAAGACGCGCCCGCGGUGAUGUUUGGGCUGUACGGCCUGUUCGACGGGCACGGUGGGAAGGCGUGUGCGUCUCACUGCGCGGAGACGUUCGCGGGAGAGGUGACGCGCGGACUGGACGGCGACGGAGCGUUGCGCGAGGACGAAGACGCGGGCGAUGCGUUCGAGCGCAGGAUCCCCGAGGCUUUGAGACGGGCGUUUAAGGUUGUGGAUGAGACGUUCGUAGCCAUGGACGUGCACAGUGGGUCAACGGCGACGGUGUGCGCGGUUCGAGGACGGAUGGUGACCACAGCCGCGGUGGGCGAUUCGUUGGCGACGUUGGAUCUCGGACCUGGGAUUCCCGUGCUUCGCUUGAGUGUUGAGCAUCGUUUGGAUUCGUCCGAGAGUGAGAGAAAACGGAUUGAGGAGGCUGGGGGAGAGGUGCGGCCGACGGAGUACGAAGAUGGACCGAACGGCGAGCGCGUGGGCGUCGGUCCGUUACGCGUAUGGCCGGGCGGGCUCGCGGUUUCAAGAUCGAUCGGUGACAGAGACGGGAAGAAAGGGGGCGUGAUAAGUGAACCAGAGGUGAGUAUGGUGCUUAUACCCGAUCGGUUUCACGGCGCUCGAGUCGUGCUCGCGAGCGAUGGAUUGUGGGACGCCGCGACUCCCAAGCAAGCGUCCGCGUGUGCUUCAAAGUUGAACGCACAAAGCGCGGCGGCUGCGCUGAAUAAGCUCGCUCAACAGCAAAAGGAUAAUAGAGAUGAUAUUACAGUGCUGGUCGUGGACAUGCUACGCGACGCAGGAUCAAAGUCGGGCCCGUUCGCGGUCAAACCCGAUCAUGGAGGAGAAUCGGCGAAGCUUUACUUUCCUUUCGCUAAGAAGGCCCACGAUCCUUUCCCUUUACCCUCGGAGCGGCGAGAAAAGAGGAUGCAUGCGAGACUUGAAGCCGAGGCGAGAAAUGCCGCCCUCGAGGCGGCUCGACAAAUCGCAGAAGCGGAGGCCGAAGUUGAGCGUCGUCGACUUGAAGCAGAGGCGGCUGAGCGAUUUGUUGACGACAGUUGGGAGUCUACCACAAAGGCGACGAAGAUUAAGCAGGUCGAUCGGGCGCCAAAGGUGAGAGGAGGAAAUGAAAAGAAACACGAAAAGAAACAGAAACAGAAGAACGAAUCGGUAGUACCAAAAAGGACGCCUAAACCAAAAACUAAUGAUGACGCCGCACCGUCGGCAAUAGGGUACAAGGAAAGGAACAAACGAGGCAAAAAACAGUCCGACCCGCCGCCGAUGCCCGAUGUUUCUGCCCUAGACAUAUCCGAUACGAAGUCCGAUGCGGAGAGCGUUAGUGAGAAGAAAAAAACGGUGAAGAAGAAGAAGACAAAGGAGAGACUUCAGACGCCCGUGAACACACAGCCAAACGCUCCUAUGAUGGACAUUCCUCAGUCGUCCGUGCAAGCGCAGUCUCCGGCGACGCAUACCGUGUUACCUGCUCAACAUGUUCCAAUCUUACAUCCUUACCAUCCUCGGCCUCACGUGUACCCUCUGGUGCACGGACCACCUGUUGGUUCGCACGGAAUUCCUGGCGUGUAUCCGCACACCAUGCCGAUGGCUUCUAACAUGCCUCAGUUUUUCGGAUCACCGUCAAUGGGUCCGCCUGGUUUUUCCCAGUUACCACACGCGAUGCCAGGCUUCCCACCGCGCGCAGGGCCACCUCAGCAACUAGCUGCACUUAUGCGCUCGGUUUCGGCGCCAGUACCGCCAGGCGUGCCACCUGGCGUGCCUCCUCAAACUAUGGCACAUGGAUCCAAGGCACAACAGUCUUCGAACGUGGACGCGCCGCGAACGCCGGUGAAUGGGGUGGAGCAAACCAAUACUAAACCUAAGAAAAAGACGCAACGAAAAGGAAAGAGAGAGCGCAUGCUGGAGCGCAAAAGGUUCGAGAAAGCUCAACAUUCGGAGUCGACUGGUUAA